UUCAUCUUCGAGACUCUAUCCGUGAUUAAAUCCUGGCUUGUACAAUUCAUCUACGAGACUCUACCCGUGAUUGAAUCCUGGCUUGUACCAUUCAAUUACCAGACAGUAAUGGUGGUUGAAUCCAAUACUAUCACCACCACCGACUUGCAUAUAAAUAUACUAUAAAGCAUUGCAAGUUGUAGCACUAAAAGCGCUGUAUUUUCAGGCUGAUUAAACUGUAAAAGUUACAAAACAAAACAAAAGUGUUCGUCGCUGUUUUGGAAGCAAAUGGUUCCUUUCCUAGACUUCGGUAAAUUUCAAUAAUGAAUGUUUCGGAUGAGAUACGGAGUAACUUUCACUUCACCCCUAAAUAUAAUGACCUUGUUCUUACUCUUCUGUGUUGUGCAAUCACCCUGUUAAUAUUUGCUACAAUCAUAGGAAACACAUUUGUGGUAUCUGCAGUGCUCUUUGAGAAACGUCUACAAGCUGUAUCAAACUAUUUAAUUCUAUCACUGGCUAUCACGGACCUUCUGGUAGCUAUUGGAGUGAUGCCACUAAGUCUCAUCAAUGAAAUAAGUGUCCACUGGUACCUGGGGAACAUUACCUGUGAUAUGUGGACCUCCACAGAUAUCCUGUGUUGUACCGCGUCAAUCCUCCACCUCGUGGCCAUCUCCUUGGACAGAUACCGGGGUGUAUCUAAUAUCGAGUACAUCAAAAGAAGAUCUAAAGAAAACAUUUUAAAAAUGAUUGCUGUCGUCUGGGUCGUCUCGUUUUGUAUAUCAAUACCACCGCUUCUGGGAUGGAAACAGGAAAUUAACAAUCCUGAAAAGUAUGGCUUGUGUUUUAUAAGUAGAGAUAAAAUAUAUCAAACCAUAGCAACCGUUGUUGCAUUUUAUUGUCCUCUCAUUCUCAUGGUGUUCUUAAAUAUCAAAAUAUAUAAAGCCGCGCGUUACCGAAUAAGGAAAAAACAUUUCGGUUCUAGAGACAAGAAUACCUCACCAGUUGAAUGUGAUAUCAAAGCCCUCGAGUGGCCAUCAGUGUCCAGCGAUGUCGAGGAGGAGAAGAUAAAACAUUUAAACGGGCGACCGAGCGAACAGAAACCAAGACGGACAUUGAGAUUAACCAGUUUUACUUGUUGUACAAAUGGUGUGAUGGUGCAGGAUUGUGACGAAAACGCCAUUGAAACAACUUUUGUUAAAAUCCAAGCAGAAAAUAGGACCAAACAUACAAGUAGGGCAAUUGUUUUAAAGAGGCAACGGGAAUAUACCAAAAAGUGCAAGGACAGACUUGAGAUGAAAAGAGAGAGAAAAGCUGUCAGGGUUUUAGGGAUCAUCACAGGAGCCUUCAUUGCUUGUUGGCUACCGUUCUUUAUCCUAGCUUUAGCGCUGCCAUUCUGUACGACGAACUGUGGUAUACCGGCAGAAGUAAUGAGUGUCACCUUGUGGUUAGGGUAUUUCAAUUCUUUGCUGAAUCCUAUAUUAUAUACUAGGUUUAAUCCAGGCUUUAGAAAAGCGUUCCAAAAUAAAUCAAAGUUGUAA